AGGGAAAAUAUGAUUUGAAUAGUAGUCAUCCCUGCAAGAAUAGUAGAACCUUGCAGACCAGUUUGAGCUUUACACCAUGAGGGCACUUUAUUGGUGUUAAGGUUAGUUUAGGGGUUAUGGAAAAUAGGAUUUUUUAAUGGUACUACAUUUCUAUGGUUCUAACAUUGAUUACGCAAAACUGGAGCGCGUGUGUGUGUGUGUGUGUGUGUGUGUGUGUGGGCGUUCACUGGGUGCACAGCUAAUGUGUGAGAAUGGAGACAGGGUUGUGAGAGAUGCUCAAGUGCAGGAGGAGUGGGAGUAGGGUGGAGGGGGAUUAUCCACUGAAAUGACAAGCUGCAUAAGAAAUGAUCCCCAGCUCUCACAGGCCCUUCACAGACUCACUGCAACCAGGGGCUUACGGCUUGAAGACCUCAAUGUUUUCCAGGUCCUCGGGUGUGAGAUCAGGAGAGUGGAAAGGCUCCCGACAGACAGACGUCCCAAACAUCCCCAGCUACGGAAUGCAUCAACAUCACUGUGGUCGGGAAAUCAAACGGACACCUUUUUCUUCACUGCUCACGGCACAGGACUGGACCGGGCCUUUCUAAAGCGUCCGGUGUUCACAGGCUCACAGGAAUGCCAGCACGGGCCGGGUGAGAGCCCCAACAUGGCUCCCGUCAUGGCCGCUAUUGUGUGUUGUUGACUUCCGUUUUUGCUGCGGAGGAGGGAUUACUGUACGUUGAGCAGGUAGAUAUUAGAACCUGUGAAAUACUGUCGCGGCCCAUGUGCAUCCUCACCUCUUAUCCGUUUUUGGAAGUACAGUACCUGAUGACCUAGCGGAUCUUGUCAUUCCCAGUAGCAGUGCUGAACCAUACGAGUGGGAUCCUAGUAUUGAACAUGACUCAUGGGGAGGAGCCUGGCCCUGAGACACACACGGAUUCAGCUGUUCUAACUUAUCUGGAAGGUUUACUGAUGCAUCCCGUGGCGGCUGGGCCCGGGGCCACGGCAACCCGGAGAUCGGAGCCUGCGCACGGGCAUGCCAACCCAGUGGAGCAGGUCAACAAGGCGGCCCGGCCGUUCCAAAUGCCCAGCCACGGCCCCGCCGCCGCCACCGUUCAGAAGGCCGGGAACGGCCCCGCCCUGCACCACGCAGCCUCCCAGAACCUGAAGAAGGCCCGGCUGCUCCGCUCGGGGGCAUGGAAUGAGCCUGGGGCUCAGAGGCUCAAUUCCCCCCCUGUGGAGCUGAACGGUCAAGGGGGUGCGGGUGGCCUGCAAAACGGCGCCAUGGAGGGCUCCCCUCACGCUGGGGAGAGCACGCUGCUGGCCUCCCUGCUGCAGUCCUUCAGCUCCAGACUGCAGAGCGUGGCCAUGUCGCAGCAGUCCACCAAACCCCCGAGCGAGCUCUCUCCGCCCACCGAGGCCCCUCCUGCCGCGGAAAAGGAGCCGAUCCCCUGCUACGGCAUGGCCUCCAGCCGCCUCAAGGGCCUGAUGAGGAAGAGCAAGUUGCAGAACCACAGCAGCACGCCAUACAGCCGGCGCGUCCACGGCCAGGACAGGACCUCAGAGUCCCCCAGGUCGGUACCGAGCAGCACCCCUCCCUCCAUCCCCACCACCGCCCCUGCUGCCACGGAUGCUGUGUCCUGUGCCGAACGGCUCAAGGCGGUCGCCAAUCUGGUAAAGAUCCGGUCCAGCCCCGCUCCCUCGCCCAAGCCCAGUGUGGCCUGCAGUCAGCUGGCCCUGCUGCUGUCCAGUGAGGCCCACCUGCAGCAAUAUAGUCGGGAGCAAGCCCUCAAGGCCCAGCUCUCCGGCCGCUCGGCCAGUGAGAGGCUGGCGGCCAUGGCAACACAGCAGACCCAGGACAAGAGGCCUCCGAGUGUGGGAGAGGCUCCGCCCACCAGCACAUCCACCACCGCCCCGGACCCGCUAAGCUCCUUAACCGCCCAGAAUGGGACCGCGGCAACAGCACUCCCCCGACUGGCACUCGGCAGCGGCCCCAGGCAGCGGAGCCCCUCCCUGCUGCCGCCCCACAGUUCGCCCCACCCCACCCCUCCUCCUUUGCCCCUCACCCCACAGACCCAACCCCCAACCCCCACUAGGGAGAAACGGAGCUGUGACUCACGUCCCACCCGGCCCCCCCAGACCUGCAGCAGCCUGCUCCUUCUACUCCUCAACAACCACAACAACCAGAAGCAGCUGACCAAGAACGGACACCUGGAGGAUGACUUUGGGGUCCUGCCCCCUAGCCGCAGCUCCUCAGUCACCUCCGACAGCGAGUGUUCCAUCCCGAAGAAGAGCCUGGCCAAGAGAGAGGAGAGCUGUAGUGACGCUGAGGGCUCCUACUCCAGCUGUUCUCCUAUUGACCUCUCCAUGAGGAACAAGGCCAGCAACAGAGCCGCAGAAACCAUGCCUAGUGCCACCUCCUCCACCGCUACUUCUUACUCCUCUCCUUCUACUGCUUUCUCCUCCUCUGCUGCUUUCUCCUCCUCUACUGCUUUCUCAUCCAGUUCUUCUGUUGUUUUUUCCUCCUCCUCCUCCACCACUUUCUCUUCCUCCUCUAAUGUUCUCUCCUCCUCUUCUUCAUCCCUAGACAAACUCACUGAGUCCCUGCUAAACAAGUGGAAGCCAGAUCCCUCUGGGCCGAAGGUCCUCCAGGUUAAGAAGGAGCUUGAAAUUAGCCCAGACCUUAAGUCCCACCCCAAGGUCACUCUUAUGCAGCUCCUUCUGGAGCGCAGGAAUAACGACAAGGUAAACAAAAUGGUGGUUAAUCCAGAUUUGCAACAUGACGCAACCCUGUCCAGUCUGUCACGUGGCCCACUUAAGUCACUAAACCCCUGGGAGGAGGUCAGGACACAGAGUCCCCUGGAUCGACCAGGCCAAAGCCUUCCCCUGUACUCCCUCAGCCGAGACCCCAGCAACACCCCGUCCCCCUUCUCCUACCCCUCUCCCCAUGCCCAUGUCCAGUCCAGCCCUCUGGAUCUCUGCAAGUCCAAACCCUUCCCUGCUGAGAAAGCUGCGGCUGAGCCGGCGUUCAGCGCCAGUAAACUGUUACAGAACCUGGCCCAGUGCGGCACCGCCUCACCAUCCCCACCCGUUGGUCCCGGGCGAGUCCCCAGCCAGGAGCUGGAUGUGGUUGGCGGUAGGCCCCUGGCUCUGCUUGAGAGGCUCAAUGCCCCCAUCCAGAGGAGCACCACCACCCCCCUAUCAGACGGGCCCUCAGGCAGCGGCACCCCGUCGUUCGGACGCCAGGGGGACAUGUCGCCCCCCUCAUCCCAGAUCGAGAACCUUUUGGAGCGUCGCACCGUGCUGCAGCUACUGCUGGGAACGAGCUCAUCCUCAGCCUCCUCUAUGGCCUCGGCCACCCGCAGAGACAGACAGCACUCCAGCGGGAGGGGCAGUGUGGAGACGGCGGCAGGGGGCUGCUACGAGAAGGGCACCUCUGUCAUCUGUGACAGCUCCAAUGGGCCCUCAGCAGUAGACGUCAAGGUCAAAACUGAACCAGGGGAGGAGGUCCUCGGCCCGUUGUCCUCCGCAGUGUGUGAGGAUGUGACUAGCAGAAAGAGGCAGGGAGGUGGAGGAGGAGGGUUUCCUGACAGGCACAGCCCCCUCUCUGAACCCCAGCAGGACCUAAGGACAGAGCCCCGGCCCACAGAGGUCAUCGCUAAAUAUGGACUUCUCAGCCAGCUCCUGAAACAGCAGAGCGCUACCUACUACACCAGCGCCGCGCAGCUUCACACAGAUCGCCGGCCCAGCCCCGUGCCUGUGAAGGAGGAGCAGAAGGACUACCACCACCAGGGACCCAGCCCUAAAAAGAGACGCCUCUGCUCAGAGCUGGCCGAGAGCCUGAACAAUGGCAGCCCUCAGAGGGCAGUGGUGGAUGGUGGAGGAAGCCACAGCAGCCUGGCCCGUGGCCAGGGACCAGAGGAGCCUGACUACCACAGGGGCCACAGGAGUCCUAAGGAGGAGGCUCCAACCAGGAGCCCCGGCAGUGAAGUUCUCCUUCCCAGAGAGAGCCGGGGCUUCAAUGUGCUCAAACAGCUGCUCCUGUCCGACAACUGUCUGAAGGAGCUGUCCCAGCAUCCCCGGGGGGCCCCCAGCCCCUCUGUCCUGCAUGCCAAUGGCAAAGCCAACGGGAGCAGCCUCAACCUCAAUCAGCCAGGCUACAAUCAUCACGACCUCCUCAACCUGCCCACCUUGCCCUGGCACCACCCUCACAGCUCCCUCAACUCAGGGCCCCCCAGCCACCUCAGACCCCUGCCCUCACCCAUGACAGGGGACAGCAGCCGGCGCUCCCCCUGGGGGCGCCACACAGCACCCACACCCCAUCAAGACUCGCCUAAGCGGGACUCCACUCCUGUCAAGCAGGAGCCACAGAGCCCGGUGCGGUGGGCGGCUCGGGACCGGGAGGAAGAGGAGGGCUGUGACUCCAUCCCGGACUCCCCCCGGCUGACCCGCUCCAACCCCAUCCUCUACUACAUGCUGCAGAAAGGCAGCGCUCAGCUGAGGAGAGAGAUGAGGGACCAGGCAGAGGGGACCCAGGGGUCAGGGGGAGCGAGGGUGAAGGAGGAGCCAGGUAAUGACGCCCAUGUUGCAUAUGAACACAGACUAAGCUCCACCGCCAACUCCACCCUGCACUCCUCCCUGUCCCCUCCUUACAACAACGACAAGCACAGCCACAAGGAUGACCGGCUGAGCGACUCCUCUGACAAAUGGUAGUUUUAUGAACUAAUGACUUUUAUUAACUGAAACGUGAAAAAGACAAAAGGGGGAAAAAUAUGACAAUGUUUUUUUUUUUUUUUUUUUUUUUUUUUUUUGCUUUUUUACUGACUUGCCAAAUUAAUUUGUAAUUUGAUGAGAGGAAAUGAGAAAGAAUGCCAGAGUGAGGAUUUUCAAUAAGAACCGAGCAAAUGAAUUCAAGGCAUUAUUUUCAUUACUGUAUCAUAAUUCUAGAUGUCUUGGGAUACGGAAUGGGUAGUAUGAUAUAACCCUUCAAAAGAAUGUCAAAUUACUUGCACCAAAAUUAGGUAAUCGUCAAAUGUUGACCUGGCCACUGGUGAUUUCCAUACAGUACGUAUUAUACAUUCUUAACUGAAUGAAAGAAAGCACCAUUCAAAAGAGUUGUCUGGUUUAAUCCAUAUGAUUUGUGUCUGUGUUGCACACACAUAUCACUAUUCUAUGUCCUCUCCUUUGCCACCCGUAAAACAUUUCCAGAGAACAUUUCCAGCUACAUUUAUUAUUGAUGAAAGAUGUUAGCACUCAGUUCACUGCAUAUUUAUUUUCCCAUCAGGAGGUUUUCAGAUGGACAGAGAGCAUCCAUUUGAGAUCAGAUCCUUAAGAUAGUCUUACCAGGGUAAGCACAGGAAUACAUUAAAACAUACAAAAUAAAGAAAUUUUAAAGGAAGACCUUGAGAACAACAAUCAUAAUCAAAUCCACUGACGGUACCUAUAAUCCUAUUCUGUUUGAAGGUUCUGCAUUGGGUGCCACUGUACCUUCGCAAGACAGUGAGUUGGCUGUCCACGUACAGGCAAGGCUGUGUGCUCACAACGCAUUGCAUUUUUGCUUCGAUCUGAAAUGAACUUGUUGGGGCUACAUUUUGACAGUGCAAAUACAGGGUGACUUUGUGUUAAUAUAUGGUAAUACAACUGGCAAUACAGCUGUUAUUGACUAGUUGUGUUGGAAGUUAUUUUAAAAGAUGAAGCAACAGUGCCUGUGGGACAUACACUGAGUGUUGUACAACUUGUAUGCAGGUUUGAAGCAACAGGUUAAAGACUGCAGUAUCUGCAUCACUGUUUCAUUAAAAAUCUAUUGAAAAGGAUGGUUUUGAAAUACAACUACAUGUUUUGGAAUAAAUAACACAGUCUUGUUUGAUAUUGUAGCCCUGUGUUUACACUGUCAAAGGUUUUAGCUUUUGGUGUCUUUAAAUUGAAUAUGUUUAUGGCAUGUAAUGAAAAAAAUGUCAGUGUUGAUAUCCGUUGAACAUUUUGACAGUUUGUGAAGUUUAUUUUGUGUUUCUUGAUUCUUGUGCUUUAUGGACACCUUUUACUUUCGUGGUGGUUUCUUAGCUCAUAUUAAAAUGUAAAAAUAAUUGCAUGGAAAUAAAGAGAAAUCCGCAGGUACAUUUUGAAGCAGCUGGAUAUGACGUGAACCUACCACCCAAUAAUCACUGAGACAUAUUUGGUGUCUUUUGAGGGCUUAUCCUAUCUCUAGCUCCUUAUUUUGAUUGUACUGUAUUUUUUUCAGUUUCACACACUGCUGUCAUCCAUUUAGUCUUACAUGUGAUCUUUUUUAAAUACAUAUACAUAUGAAGUACAUAUUCAGUACAUGGUUCUUCUAUUAAAAAUACAUUUUCACGAUGGUUAAAUAUAUGUGUAAAUAGUACUUUCAUUAUGAAAGAUAACUAUUUUGUAUCGUUGAAGAAAAAGAUAUUACCCUAGUUUUUAAUGCCCUGAAAAAUGUAAAUAUGAAUUCUAUGCGUAAUAGUGUACAUACAAAUGGCAGAGGAUGCGAUGCCCAUUUUUGGUUGGUUUGUUCUUUGCAUGUGUCUCUAUGUGGUAAAUGAUAAUCUAUCCUGCGCCGUGUUGUGUAAAACUGUCUGACUCUCCUCACUGCUGCCUGUUGCAUGCAGACGCAUGGGAACUACCUGUGUAUCCCUACUGGUGAUGGGGCAAAAUGUCAAGUCUUAUAAUAGGUCUUUUUUAUCACAGAGAGAGGGUCAUUUAGAACAUGAACAGUCCCCAAAUAACCACAGACUGUUGAGCAAGUGGAGAAAAAUGUGUGAAAAUAAACGUGCAUUAAAUAUUUUUGUGAUUUUAUUUUCUGUUACUGGUUGACGAAAGCUUAGAUGGACAGAGUCUGAGGGUUUUAGUGAAGGUAUGAAGUACAAUCAUGAACCUGUAUUGUGCAUCUGAAACAUACGUUUGUAGCAAAAAAGAAAGGGUUUCAUGUGACAACCUGAAACAUUAUUUGAUUUUUUUAUGUUUUCAUUUUUUUGGUGUUAAUUUGCACUGAUAUCUAAAAAAUAAAGUACUAAAAUGCUUGACUGA